AUGAGUCUAACAGAGCUGCGAGCUUUCCUGCGUCGAAUACUGGGCUGCUUUAUAUCAAAUGCCCAGAGCCAGCCAGAGGAUACCACAGAUGUAGCUGAAGCUCCAAAUUGCCGAUUCCCGCUCGAUGAUGACAGUUCAGAUGCGUUGACGCUGCCGGAUGGACGGAAACUUGGAUAUGCACAAUAUGGUUUAUUGACGGGCAAACCUGUCUUCUACCUACAUGGUCUUCCAGGAGCACGUACUGAAGCCGCAUGUUUUGAAGAGCUAGCCCUGGAACUAGGGGCCCGUAUCAUUGCCACGGACCGGCCUGGUAUGGGCUGGAGCUCGCCUCAUCCAGGUCGGUCACUUCUCGACCAUCCAAAGGACCUGGAGGAGCUCGCAAAGCAUCUUAAACUAGAAGAAUAUGGAGUACUUGGGAUAUCAGGAGGCGGGCCAUAUGCACUUGCCUGUGCUGCAUCACUGCCGCGAGAAAAGCUCAGAGCAGUCUCUAUUAUCUGUGGCCUCGGCCCGCCAGACAUCGGUAUGAAGGGUGCAUGCUGGGCUAACUGGCUUGGAUUUACCCUCGGUUACCGCUACUUCCCCAUGGCCACCGGAUGGUACCUCAAACGCCAGAUGGCAGCGGACCUGACCCUAACUGAUGAGGAACGAUACCAGAGACUACUAAAGGAGGUGCUAAAGGCGAAGUCCAUGCCCGAAAAGGACCGUGAAAUUAUGAAGGAUGAAAGUACUCUAAGGCUAUUCCUACGUACAAGUCGGCAAAGCUUUUCGCAGGGAAGUGAUGCGGUUGUACAAGACGGCAGGCUCAUGUGUAAGUACCUUGGCUUCCGAGUAGAAGAUAUACGUCCAGAUUUGCCUGUGCAGCUUUGGUACGGGAAACAGGACGUCGCUGUUCCACUGAACCAUGGCGUGCAGAUAGCUGUGAGGCUUGGUGGAAGAGCAGCUUUCAGAGUCGUCGAUGAGACACACUUGAGUAUAUGGGCAAAUUACAGGGAAGAAGCAUUGAGAGCGUUGGUACAGUGUAUUUGA